UCCUGCAACUCGUCUUCAGAGAAAGACACCAUCUUCUCUAGCUCUCUGCGGAGGAAGAAGAGAAGGACUUGCAAGGAGAAGGGAGUGCCUUCCUCAGCAACCCUGUUUCGCCACGCCAACAAAAGUUGCACGCCUACACUCCGGAUUGUCGACUGUUUGGUGCUGUAUGUUCUGCGACGGGUGUCGGGUCUCUGAGUCGGGGUCAGAACGAGUAUGCUUUACGGGACUCCAAGAGAAGGACACAUGGAGUUGUGACUUACUGUUCGUCCACACGGGGCUUGCAGCACACUCCCAAGAUGGAUACAUUGCAGAGUAUCGUGGUUCAGAGGAACAAGCCGAAUCUGGUUGUAUGGAAUGCCUUGGUUUGCAUCAUGGCCGGCAUCUAAGACUUCGAAGAUUUGAAAGCAAUUAUGGCCAGUCCGAUACAACAUGCAGAACUGGAAGAUCACUAUGUCGACGAGCAUCUGGGGGCUCUACAUGGGGCGUUUGGAAAAGUCAAGGUUAUGUCAGAUCGGAAGACGGGAGAGAAAGUUGCAGUGAAACUGUUGCAAAGAAGCAAGGUUACUGAGCAGGUUGAACGUGAGAUUCGACAUUACCACAUGCUUCGUCAUCCUUGUGUGGUUCAGCUACGAAGGGUUCUCUUGACGCAGUUUUAUCUGGCUCUAGUCCUUGACUACGUGCCAGGAGGCAGCCUGAUGCGCUUUGUGGACAGGAAGUUACUGUCUGAAGUCCAGGUCCGCUUCCUCUUCCAGCAGCUUGUAGCUGCUCUUGAGUUCUGCCACAGACAGGGCGCCCUGCCGCGGAGCCUUUCUUUGGAUUCGAUCCUUGUGGGGGGUCAGUCGUUCCCGGAGCUGAAACUGACGGAUUUCGGCUUCACAGCGAUUGUUGAUUCCUUACAAGACGAGCACGGCCCAGGGAUCACUGUGUAUGCUGCACCAGAGGUCCUCAUUCGCAGUCAGAGUCCCACAGCGUUUAGGCCAUUCAAUCUGAAGGCGGCUGCGCAAACUGCAGAUCUUUGGUCGCUUGGUGUCAUUCUGGCCGCGCUUCUGUUCCACGCGUACCCAUUUUCGGACCCUGAGGAGCCGAAGAACGUGGACAGGACGUUCAAGCGGAUCAUCAACGCAGAUUACACCAUUCCUGAGGGCAUCUCGCUUUCUGAGCCGUGCAAAGACCUCCUGAGCAGGCUUUUCAAAGUCAAACCCGAAGAGCGCGCCUCCAUUGCUGACGUUAGGAAGCACGAGUGGUUCCUUUCUCGCAUCCCUAAGCAGCUGCGCGUACCGUACGAAGCGCUCCCCCCGGCUGACGGGUCUCAGUCUAUAGAAGACAUUAUCGAGAUUCUGGAUAUUGUCCGCAGCAAGAAGUUGCUGCUCUGAGUAUAUAAUAGAUAUUCCCAAGGCGAAGUCGUCAGUCCCAGUCAGGUCUGAGUGACUCGAGGGUCUUAAAGUUGGAAUUUGUGGAGGUUUUCUCGGGUGUCUAGCCCAUACAGCUUGAGACGUUGGCUACUGGAAAGGAGAGCACUGAAAGUUCCUACACUGAGAUCAGAGACAAGUAGCGGGAUUCCCUCCUCCGGUCAGAGUUGGCCCCGCUGCUGACUUCUGCUAGGUGCUCUAAUGUGUCUGCGUGGUUCCUCCGGUCAAGGUUCCCGCAUUGCACUUGAUUACCUAAGGAAGAACUUGUACAAAAUGGACAAGUUUUCCGAAGAUGGUUACUCUACCUUUCUUGGGUCGAUGUUUCAACGACCACGCUCGUUUGAGUUGCGCUUUCUGGGGAUGCAUGUGCGAUCAAAAGCUAAGAAGACGACUAGCUUGAGACAGCAAUGACAGCAAAGCCAGCGAUGGAUCUCAGUAGACCAUUAAACGCAGUGACGAACCUAGAAUGCCGAACAACGAGGCUGGACUGUUGCAGGCUCGCUGCAAGGCUCAUUGUGGUGCAGAUUGCUCAUGGCCAAGACUAACAUGUCUGCUGCAACUUUGACACUUGUCGUCACUAACUCUG